CCCUAUCCCUCCGAACCAGAUUUUUUUUUCCUGCUUCUUCUUCCAUCCUCCCCUCCCUCUCGUUCUCUUCCGCCGUUCCCUCCUCCCCUGCUCUUCUGCUUUUGCCCUGUGAAAUUACGGUCCUGCCCCUAGUGGGUCCCACCAUCUCUGUUCUUACUUUGUACCCUGUCUCUUUUUCUUUCCCCCUUCCCCUGCUCCGCAGACCAGCAGCAUACCACAGGAGCAAAAAAAAAAAAAAAAAAAAAAACUUUGUGCGUCUCCUCCGUCUUUCCUUUGGACGGCUCAGCUCCGCGCUGACGUGGCUAGAGGCGAAGCAUAGCCGUCGAUAUGUCGCUCAGCGAGAAGCUUGAGGCGGCGCGUGUCGCUCUUGGCAAGCGCAAGGAGCGUGAGCGCGAGCUGCAGGCCGCCCAGGCGCAGCAGGCCCAGCCGCUCCCGGUGCCGGCUAAAGCCGAGCCGUGGAAGCCGGCUCCGGUACCGGCUCGCGCGGCAGCACCGGCCGCCGCCGGCGGCGGCAGCGGCAACAAGCUCCUGGCCGGCCACCUGGCCCACGAGUUCCUCGCCCACGGCACGCUCCUGGGGCGGCGGAUCGAGCCGAGCCGCGGGGCCCCUGGCACGGCUCCGGCGCGGGCCGAGCCGGACCCGAAAAGGAGGUACGCGGAGGUGUCGUGGCUGCUAAUGGCGAGCGGGGCCCACGUCCCCGGCGUCGUUAACCCGACGCAGCUCGGCCGCUGGCUGCAGAUAAAGGACUGACGGCCACGUCGGCGGGGGCGUGGCAGGUGGCGCGCCGCCGAUCGACGACCGACGGGCCGACCUGCGUGCGCGGCGCGACAGGGCGGCUGGCUGCUGUUCCGUUCCAAUCCGUCCUGCGGAACAGAACAGAACCGGACCCGAUUCUCCUGCCUGCCUGCCUGCCUGUGCCUUCCUGCUGGGAAAAAAACGGGACAUCGCCCAUCGGCCAAGUGGCUUCGCCAAUUUCCGCCUCGACUCGAUCACUCGGUGGUGCUCUCCUACUCUCCCUUCCAUUCAGGUUGUCUAGAAUCUAGAUCUAGCGAGAUCGUGGUGUACUAGCUUUGUUUUUCUUUGGCGCAUCGUAGUUGUUGUGACAUUACAUUACAUAGUACUUGUUAUACUGCUCUGCUGCCUGCCGUGUGCGUGUAUGUGUAUCGUCGUCGUCCUUGUAUCCGUCCAUGUCUGUUUCUUGCAUGCAAUUGUGUGUGUGUGUGCGCGCGCGCGCGCGUCUCGGAA